AUGUACUCCGACGGCCACGAGGUGGACGGCAGCUGGGUGCUGCGCGUCUACGUGACGGAUCUGCAGGUCGAAAGAAGUUUACGCGUGAAGGGAGAGCUGCAUAUCGGCGGUGUUAUGCUGCGCCUUGUGGAAGAUCUCGAUAUCGCUAUGGAUUGGUCGGACCACGCACUUUGGUGGCCAGCACGGAAUCACUGGUUGACCAGAACACGCAGCACCCUGGACCAGUAUGGCGUGGCGGCGGAUGCGCUGCUGCAUUUCACGCCGAUGCACAAAACUCUGAGGGUACAAUUGCCAGACAUGCGAUGCCUCGACUGCCGCGUCGACUUUUCCGUCAAGACGUUCAACGCGGUCAUCAAUUUGUGCAAGGAACUCGGCAUUAGACAUCCAGAGGAGCUCUCGUUCUGCAAGCCGCUCGAACCGAAUCACCUGAAAUACAAUUUGAAAGAUCUGCCGACCAAGAAAAAAAUCGAGACUCAAAAGAAUGGGCAUUGGAACGUAUCAGCCGACACGAAUACCUUCAUCCCAGCCAGCCAAAGUCCCAGGGGAUCUACAGGAAGCUUAGAUCAAUCGAGCCCAUUCAUGUGCGCGCCAGUUACGCCCAACAACAGAAAUCACAGCACGCCGAUCAGCUCUCCCGUCUCGCAUACCGGCACAUGGAAAAGGAACAACAAUUCGUCGGGCUUCGGCAGUACCGGUUCCUUCAACGCCAAUAACAGCACUAUGAGUCUCGAGGCAUUAAACGGUGGGCUAACAGAAUCCUUGGCGCAAAGUCCAACGUCGGUCUCGCCGGAGGUGCGAGUGAAGCUGAUCAGGCCGAAGAGCCUGAUUGAGAGGGCGAGAAUGAACGUCAGCUGGCUGGAUUCCUCCCUGUCGAUCAUGGAACAGGGUAUCCGCGAAUUCGACACACUUAGACUGAAGUUCAAAUUCUACUCCUUCUAUGAUCUGAAUCCGAAAACCGAUGCAGUGCGCAUCAACAUGAUUUACGAGCAAGCCAAGUGGCAAUUGCUCGCAGAGGAGAUCGAUUGCACCGAGGAAGAGAUGCUGAUGUUCGCGGCUCUUCAGGUACAAGUGAAUCUUCAGGCAAGCGUGCCGCAGCCCACGUACGACAGCAACGGAGCAACUUCGCCCGUUGAAGACGACAUCGAUGCGGCCUUGACGGAUCUACAGGUGACUUUGGAAGGCAGCAACAUCAGCAACGGACCCAGUGAUAUCACGCAGGUGCCUGAGCUCUGUGACGAGCUGCGUUUCUUUAAGCCGAAACGUUUCACGUUGAAAGCCUUCAAGCGUUAUUGGUUCACGUGCCGCGAUCUCCAGCUCAGGCUUUACAAAAGCAGGGAGGAGACAAGCGGCUCGGAGUCACCAGUCUACGUGAUCAAUUUGCGCGGUUGCGAGGUCACGCCGGAUGUGCAUUUGUCACAAGGUCGCUACGGAAUCAGACUGGAGGUGCCCAGUGCCGAAGGCAUGACUGAGAUGUGGAUAAGAUGCGACAACGAACAACAAUACGCAAAAUGGAUGGCCGCGUGCAGAUUAGCGGCCAAAGGCCGUACCCUCGCCGAUGCGUCUUACGAGAGCGAGGUCAACAGUAUCGCAGCUUUCCUACAACUGCAAAGGCCCGCGCCCGCGCCAGUCAUCAAUCCGAAUGCUUUGGAUAUUGUACCGGAAGACUAUGUCGCGCCUCGAUUUGCGAAGAAAUUCAAAGGAAAGUUGGUUCAAAGGAUUUUGGAAGCACAUGCGAACGUUAAAGACCUGCCUCUUGUCGAGGCGAAGCUGAAUUAUAUCAAAGCCUGGCAGUCCCUGCCGGAAUACGGUAUCUCGCUCUUCAUUGUGCGAUUUACUGGUAAGAGUAAGGAUGAGUUACUAGGUAUCGCCAAUAACAGGCUAAUGCGAAUGGACCUUCAUACUGGCGAUCAUUUAAAGACUUGGAGGUAUAAUACUAUGAAGGCGUGGAAUAUUAACUGGGAAGUAAAGCACAUGAUGGUACAAUUCGAAGAAGAGAAUAUCAUUUUUGAAUGCCAAUCAGCGGACUGCAAAGUUGUCCACGAAUUCAUAGGAGGCUACAUCUUUUUGUCGAUGCGUUCGAAGGAGGCGAAUCAAACAUUGAACGAAGACUUGUUCCACAAAUUGACUGGUGGAUGGGCUUAAUUCAGUACUGCAAUGAGUGCAUGAAAUCGAAACGGGUUCUAACAUAUUCUGAGAAGCGACGAUGAGAUGCGCUCUUAGCAUUACUUACAUACGUCGCGUUCGUUAUGUGCCUAUUCAAGGACCGACGUUUUUGCAUGCUAGUACAUUUGUAAAAAUACUUAAAUCUGGUCGUAUUUAUCACAUUUUAACACUAAUAUGCUGUAAAUAAAAUAUUGUGUCCCUUCUACGCGCGAGCAGAAGAGUUUUAGCGAUUAGUUAUUUUUAUUCGACAGGAGGCUACUUCAGAAUGUUUACCAAUGUGUUUACCUUAUUUACAAGGUAUACUAACAGUGUUGACAACCGUUAUAAUUAUGGCCUCUUUUCCAGAAAAAAAUAAUCCCUUUUCUAUAUUUACAAUGAUUUUAUAAAUAGACGUUUGUGAAACUAUUUUACAAAGAUAUACUUUUAUACGAAACUUUUUCUACUUAGAGGAAUCUAUCGCCUUGAAUAAAUAUCGAAUUUAAGAACAAAUACAUCAAGUCCACACAAAUAAAAAAAUCUACAAAACAUAUCGUGGUGUCAGGUAACACUCUGUAAAAAAAAAAAAUCCUUUAAGGAAGCAUAAAAUCACCAGGAAGUAUAAAACCGCCCAUGGUUUCGAAUGGUUCAUAUACGACCGUAAAUCUUGAAAAUUAUUUUCAAUUAGCGAUUUUUUUUAUGUAUCGCUAGAGACUUAUUUCUUGUAAUCCUCCCUCUCAUAAUGCGUGUCAGUGUCCUUUUUAGUAUCUCAAGGUGCUAUACUAACCGAGCUCGACUUUACAACGCAAGAGAUCGAAUCGUGUAAAUUAUUUGUUAUUUUAAUGUAAAUUAGAUGUAGAAAAAAAAAUAUAUCACU